GAUCUUGUGUUCCCUGAAGCAUUAGCCCUCGUGGAGGAUGUGACCGGGACUGAGAGAGCCAGCUGGAGGCAUGGAGACCGUGGUGAUUGUGGCCAUAGGCGUGUUGGCCACCAUCUUUUUGGCUUCGUUUGCAGCCUUGGUGGUUGUUUGCAGGCAGCGUUACUGCCGGCCCCGAGACCUGCUGCAGCGCUAUGAUUCCAAGCCCAUUGUGGACCUUAUCGGUGCCAUGGAGACCCAGUCGGAGCCCUCUGAGUUGGAACUGGAUGAUGUUGUCAUCACCAACCCCCACAUCGAAGCCAUUCUGGAGAACGAAGACUGGAUCGAAGAUGCCUCGGGUCUCAUGUCCCACUGCAUUGCCAUCUUGAAGAUUUGUCACACUCUGACAGAAAAACUUGUGGCCAUGACAAUGGGCUCUGGGGCCAAGAUGAAGACUUCAGCCAGUGUCAGCGACAUCAUUGUGGUGGCCAAGAGGAUCAGCCCCAGAGUGGACGAUGUUGUGAAGUCGAUGUACCCUCCAUUGGACCCGAAGCUCCUGGAUGCACGGACAACUGCCCUUCUCCUGUCUGUCAGUCAUCUGGUGCUGGUGACCAGGAAUGCAUGCCACCUGACUGGGGGCCUGGAUUGGAUUGACCAGUCGCUGUCGGCUGCUGAGGAGCACUUGGAAGUCCUUCGAGAAGCAGCCCUGGCUUCUGAGCCAGAUAAAGGUCUCCCAGUCCCUGAAGUCUUCUUGCAGGAGCAAUCGGCCAUUUAGUGCCUGCAACCUAGCAGCUAGCUGUGAGGGCCAGCCUGCUGCUGUCCCUGGGUGGUUCAGCUGAACCCUUCACUUUUGGGUAGAGUUAGUUAGUCUUCUCAGCUCAGGAGUCCAGCCAUGAGCGUGUAGUAAAACAGCAGAAUUUCGUCCAUUGAUGCUUUUGUUGCAGUUGCGAAUGGUGGCUGGUGAGUGGCAGUCUAAUACUACAGUUAGGGGGAUGCCGUUUCCCAUCUCUACAGCAGAGUGGAAAACUGGUGGGCUGUCAGCUUUAUUUAGCUCACCUCAUGUUAUCAAGGAAAUUGAGCCACCAUCUGAGAAUCAAGGGGUUUCACAUUAAAAUCAGAAUUUCUGGCUUCUCUUAACAAUCAGAAGUUGUGGUAGUUCUGAUCUGCAUCUUCCAAAGCGGACAAUCAUUAGAACUAAGUAGGGUAUGCCUCUUUGGGCAAGACUUGUACUUUCUCACCUGGCCUGUUUUAUUAGUUGUAUUAUCUGCCCGAUGCCUGAGUCAUCUGGGCUCUCCUUCCCUUGACAGAUUGGGGUUUGAAGCUAAGCACUGCAAAGUCGAUUAUUUCCUUAUCACUGUGCCUGUAAUUUUACCUCACUACCACUAGGUGGAUAGUAAAUUUUUACUUACGUUUCCCUUAA